UGUCAAACGAGAUAAACACAAUUUACUUUAUUUCGUUUUCGUCUUUGGUCUCACAUUUAAUUUCCACUGUAAAUUUGUGUAAAUCGUAUAUAAAUAUUUUAUAACAAUUUUAUAAAUAUGAGUGGCAAAAAUCAAUUACCUGAUCUUGAUAAAAUAUUUCGCGAGGAAGAUGAUGAUGGAUUUUUACCUUCCGGAAGUUCCAGAUUGGCUUCAAUAUUUGGUAUGAACACAAAUAAUGUAAAUACUCAGCCGCAAAUUUUUCCAACAAAACAAAAAAAUGUUACUCAAGAAUCGAAAACCGAAGUUGUUAUUGCAAAAGCUGUACACGCUUAUAAAUUACAGAACGGAAAUUAUACAUCGAUAGGAAAACUUGGCCUCGCUCUAGUGGGAAAUGUUUCUACAAAAUCGUAUCAAUUAAUACUCUAUCGAAGUAAACAAGAGCACAUAUCCAUUGUUUCGAUAAAUCCCGAUUUCUCCUACAUUGUGCAGGCAAAUAAUUAUUCUACAUAUUAUGAUAAUCGAAAGGAAAAUUGGUCAAUACUUUUUGAAACCAGUAAAGAAUGCAUUGAGUUUGCAAGAGAAAUUGGCGUCUCACGAUAUCUUUCACGUCGUGAAAAGACGAAUAAUUCUUUAAUUUAUCAGGAUUUAAAUGCAGUGAAUGAAAAGGGAGAAAAGGCAAAAGAGGGUGAUGAAAUUUCCCUAAAAUACAUUAUUACCACAGAAAUAAUUCAACCAUUAAAAAAUAAUUCAACCGCUGAAUUGUCAAUGACAGUGGAAAUUUCCACUGAUGAUAAUUGGGAAAGAAUAUUGUUGGGAACGAUGAAAAAUUUGAGACGAAUGCUAAUAUUACCGCCGAGUAAGCAGAUUAGCCUCGGUCCUGGAUUUCCCAAGGAAAGAGACAUCGUUCUCGAAAUAGAAAUAAUAAAUAUUCAGAGGGCAAAGGAAAUGAAAAUUCCAGAAGCAGAGAGUUUAAUCUCGUCAAGUAAGGCUUCGAUAAUAUCGAGAAUGGCAAAAAUGGGACAAUCUAUUCUUCCAAAAACUUCCAUAUCAACGACUACCGAUUCAGAUGACACUGAGGAUGAGAUAAAAAAAGAACGAACAAUACGACACAGAAAGGGAGAAUUGCCAGAGACAAGUCCAUCGAAAAAGCAAUUUCAAUCUAGUCACGAAAUUACAGAAACUGGUAAUCUUCACAAAGUUAUUAAAUCAAAAGUGACUUCAUCGGUUCCUAAUGUACAAUCGUCAUUGUAUCCAGUCGUUUACACUCCACAAUGGUCACCAACUCAAGUGCAGUCACAAUAUAUGACGGUUGACGGUCAAACUUUUCCCAUGGCACAACAAUUCGUCACUCAAACAAUGCCUGGAACAUUAGAUCCAAGUUUGAAUAUAUUUUUAACUGAGUCAAGAACACAAAAUGCCGAGAUUCGAAUGGGAAUGUCAAAAAUAUCCGACAAUAUUCAACGAUUAUUGGAUAAAUUCCACGUCUUGGAACUUCAAAACGCUUCGUCACCGAGCAAUGAUAAAACAAUGGAGAACACGUUGAAAAUGAUUCUCUCAUUGAAUUCACCAGAAACGAAAAGUAAUUCAAUUUUUACUUCCGGUAAACUUGAGGAAAGUAAUAAAAGUCAAAUGAAUCAAUUGCAAGAGACUAUUUUAACCAAAGAAGAGGAACUGAAGACGAUAAGAGAAAUAGCAAAUAAUGCCAACCAGGAAAUAACGAAACUGAAAGAAGAAAAAAGGAGUUUAGAUCAAGUGAAUCUGGAACUAAAGGAGAAAAUAUUAAGUUUAGAAACGAAUCUAGCAACGAAGAAACAAGAGUUCGAUAAUUUAAAUACACUUCAUGAAGCUGCCAGGGAAAAUUUGAAUGAUUGUCAAAAGAGAAAUUCCAAUCUAGAGAGGGAAAUUUUACAACUUCAAUCUAAUUGCAAAUCGUUAGAAAUUGCUGCAAGUACAAAUCAAAUUAAAUCCACUUCUAAAAGUGAUAAAAAUAAGGAAGUGAAAUUGAUCAUGAAUAAUACGUACCACACAUUACUGUCAAAAUUCAUAGAAGACAAUUAUUCAACUAGUUUUAUAAAAGAAACGAUUGCUAACACGUUGAGGGACAUAACUUUAAAAGUACUGAAUAGCGAUGAAUGUGAGGAAGAAUCGAGUGAUAAAAAGAAAAUGCAAGAGAAAAAUAGUCAAUUACAGGAAACAGAGAGAUUAUCAUCAUCAUCUUUAAAAGAAGACAACGAAGACACGAAAAACGAUUUCAAAUUAAAUUCCGAGACGAAUUUGAAUAAUUUUAUUCAGAUUUCUAUAUUGUAGAUUGCUCCGGAAUUUGAAAAUGUACCACCGCCAAUUCCACCACUAGAUUCUAGUAAUGAAGCCGAUUUGAGCGAUUUUUAACGUUGAUAUAUGAGAAAAUCGAGAAAAAAAAUUAAUAAAAGAAGCUUUAUAUGUGAUUUGUAUAAUUGAAUAACAAACAAAAUGUUUAUAUUCUUCUAAACACGAAACAUAAACAAUUUUUAUUCCAAAAA